AUGAGAGGACAAAUCGGACUUCUUAUUUUUUUCAUAGCGCUGUUUAUUUCCGCAGAGAGUCUUUCAGUUCAAGAAAAACGAGCACGCGUACUGGAAUGUCUUCUUGAAUUCGCUACCGACAAGCGCAAAGAGAGUUGCGCAAAUCUAGGAACAGCGGGAGAAUCAUCUGGAGAGAUUUUGGAACUGCAACUUUCGACUCUUGACAAUGGGGGUGAAGACGGCAAAGUCGUGAAAAUUGAAGCUCUUCUUCCGAAAAUUGAGAAUUCGGAAGGCAGCGGAGACGAUUCCAAGCCAAACUUAGCAAAGAUAAAGAAGGAUCUUGAUCAAGCGAAAUAUCAGCUGGAGCUUUUGGAAAAGGACCUCGAAGAUAUGAUAAGUCCCAAAUGA